ACUUCGUCCAAGUUAUUCUCAGCAGUGGCACGCAGGGACAUACAACGGCUUGCAGACCGGCUCAUCAGAUUGGAAGUCAGCUCUCCGACGGAUCUAGCCCUCCUCCUGUACCUUUAUCUUUGUCACCACUACACUGACCUUUCCCUACCAGUGACUUUUUGCACUCUUCUGCUGGCGAGUCUUUAACCUACUGUUUUGCUUAGAUACGUGUAGGGCCAUAGUGUAGAACCUUUUUCAGAGUCCCAGUUCCAGCACCAGCAUGGUGGCGCCGGUCUAGGCGUCAUCUGACCGCGCUAUGGGGUGCCUUUGCUUCGGUAGCAACAGCUCUGCUGAGACAUCGAGCCCCAAGCCGGCCCCGGCAGUACCAACAUCGGCAGCAGCAACACAGCGACAGGCUCCUUACCAGGCGCCCGUCCCGCCUCCACCAGCACCAAAGUCACAGCCGGAGCCAAAGGAGGUCGCGGCAGCGCCGUCACCUGCUCUCCUUGCGGAGUCUGCCGACUCGUCCUUUCAGACAGCAGCUGUUCCGCCGUGGCAGAAGGACGCACUAAUCAAUUCUAGGAGCAGUGGCUUGCCUUCAGCUGCGACUGGCGCUGAGAAACUUGAGGGAACACCCAGCAAGAGCAUGGCGGGGACCAAUUUGGCGGAAAUCCUGCGCCUUAAUCUCGGCGAGGUUAAGCUAGUCCUCCAAAAGCUAGCGUCGUUAAACCCGACGCCUACAAUUGCCCUUAAUGAGGCAUCGGAGCUGCUUCAGAAACACCUGAGCGUGGGACUUUGCAGCAUAACUGGACUAACGGACCACUGUACAUCAUUCGUGCUGCUGGCUGCUUACGGAGUUGGCGCCCAUGAACUGGAGCGCACGCCGGUCAUGCGCGGCUCGCAGUGGUCGGCUGCCCACUUACUGCAGCAGCCGGUAUACCUGUACCUCACUGCGAAGAACGACGCGGAGGCAGCGCAGCUGCCGCUGGACUUCCAGGCGCUCUACAAGUACGGGCUGCGGUCAUUCCUCUCCAUCCCGAUAUCAACGGACCAUGAGGUGCUGUCAGUGCUGACCAUUGCCAAGGAGGACGCGGAUGGCUUUGAGGUGGAGUGGUGGGAGCCCAUGCUGGGCUGCCUCUCCACCGGCCUGCUCUACUACCUGCGCGCCGAGCAGACGCAGAACCUCUGCCAGCUCAUGCGCAACCUGGACUCCUCCCCCGACUACACCAACGUCAUCCACCAGCUCCUCCGCGGCGCGCACAGCCUGCUGCUGCGCGCCACCAACAUCCGCACCGGCUGCAGGCUGGCGCUGCUGCCCUCCGCGGACAUGUCCCGCGCACUCAUAUUCGAGCCCGACAGGGCCAUGUCAGCAGCCGAGGGGUACGGCACUGCGGGAGCUGGAGGUGCUGCGGGCGGCAGCCUGCCACAGCUGCCUGAGGCGCGCGAGAGCUCGCCGCAAAUCCACGUGACCGAGAUUCAGCUGGAAAACACGCUGCUGCUGGAUGCCGUACAAAAGGGCAAGGCACGGUUCGUGUCGGAUUGCGCGUCGUACAUCCAGUCGUGCAUGAAGCCCGCGACGGAUAUUUUCAUCAGCGGGCAGGAGAUGGUUGCGAGCAUUGUGGUGCUGCCGCUCAUCUUUGACGGCGUCACGUUUGGCGGGUUUUACGUGACGCUGGAGACGACCAGCAACUUCCAGAACAUCAAGGACCUGCUGAUGGGGCUGGUGAACAGUGUGGUGCUGCUGCUGGCCAAGAGGCUGCAGCCGCAGAGGGACCAGAUAUGGGACAGCAUUCUGUCGCGCGGCGGUACGACCAACCUGGAGGACCGGGAGCGGCAGGACGUGCAGGGCUCGGGGGCGUCGGGGCAGGGGCAGGGCGACUCCGUGUACUUCAACUCCGAGGGUGUUGCCAAGCCGGUGGUGGUGAAGCGCUCCUGCACGGAGGCCAUGCUCAAGGUGCUGCAGCACGAGCUGCGCAAGACGCACGCCAAGAGCGCGCAGCAGCACGAGUGGAUCGAGGAGCUGACGCUGACGGAGAUCGUGGGCAAGGGCGGGUUCGGGGUGGUGUACAAGGGCACCUUCAAGGGCAGCGUGGCGGCGGUGAAGGUGAUGUAUGCGCGGCAGCACGAGCGGCAGGCCAUGAAGGACGCGCUGGAGAUGGCGGUGCUGACGACGGUGAGCCACCCGCACAUCAUCCAGGUGUUCAACUGCUUCACCGACAUGGUGGAGGACGCGGGAGGGGGAGGGGCGGGAGGCGGCACCAGCAACUCGCCCAGCCCGGCGGAGGGGCGCAUCAACGUGCGGUUCCGGCGGCUGCAGCCCGACGAGGACCGCUCGCUGGCCACCUGCAACAUCCUGGUCAUGGAGUACUGCGACCGCGCCUCGCUGCGGCACGCCAUGAAGAAGGGCGUGUUCCACAAGCGGCUGGGCAACACCAGUGUGGCGGUGGACCUGUGCGCCAUCGUGCAGGUGCUGAUCGAGGUGGCGCAGGCCAUCCAGCACCUGCACUCGCUCAAACUCAUACACUGCGACAUCAAGCCCGAGAACGUGUUGCUCAAGAGCGACGGCUCCAAGCCCAUCGGCUUCGUGACCAAGCUGAGCGACUUUGGGCUGGCCAAGCUGCUGCGCGAGAACUACUACAUCGUCAACCGCAGCGGGUCGGGAACCGUGACGCACCUGGCGCCCGAGCUGUUCCAGGUGGGCUCCAAGCUGACUACCAGUGUGGACACGUUCAGCUUUGGCAUCAUGAUGUGGGAGCUGUACACGGGGCAGCGGGCGUACGGAGGACUGGGGCGGGACGCCAUCAUCGACCGUGUCUACAAGAAGAAGGCGCGGCCCAUCUUCCCGCUGGGGGUGCCGCAGCAGUACGCGGCGCUGGCCAAGGCCUGCUGGGACAACGACCCCGCCGCGCGCCCGCCCUUCACGCAGGUGCUGCUGCGCCUCGCAGAGAUGCUCGCCUCCUUCACCUCAGCCUCCACACAGUCGCCAUCGCAGCCUGCAGUCGCGCAGGCGGCGGCACAGCAGCAGCAGGCGGCGGCUGCGGCGGGAGGAUCGGCAGGAGCAGCAGCAGGGGGAGCGGCGCUGGGGAGGGC